AUGAAUGAUAAUGUUGUGAUACUUACUUUGCGGGCGGCUAAUCAUAUUACUAAUGCCAAACGAGCUGAUUCAACCACAUCGACUGAGGCGAUGCCAACGUUGUCUGAUCCCAACGCUUAUACUACACCAUCUGUUUCUGUCCCUCCCAAUAACAAUAACCCGUAUAUAAUAAGACAAUCAAAUCCAGCCGGGACAGUUUUCAUUGCUGUGGGUGCCAUUGUGGGUGCCAUUUUGUUAGGGUUUAUUUUAUACCAUUUGAUUGUUUCGUUAACUGCAUCAAAAUUGGCUAAGAAAUCUAAUGCCGACGAUAGAAAAUUAUAUGAGAAAUAUCAAAGUAACAAUACAAAUGCCUAUGGUUAUUCCGGUGUGACUCCUCAAACAAGUUUGAACAAUUUUACUAGCGAUUAUGGUGGUUCUGUUUCCAAAUUACCUUUGUUGAAUAAGUCUUUUGCAAAUGUAAAUGGUUCACAGACGGGUGACAACUCCACAAUUUACCAGUCUGAAGUUGGAGCUGCAGUAACGUCUAAACAUGAUUUGACCAAGAUGUUUGUUUCUCCGACUGCCGAAGUUAUGCAACAUAAGAGGGUUAGAUCUAGUCACUACAAUCCUUCAUUGACCAACUUGUCUUUUGGUGGUUCUACAAGCAAUUUGGGUAACCCUUCACUUGCUACUAAUAGACACUCACAAGCGGUGCCUAAUUUGUAUAUCAACCAAGAGGUCAAUAACAGUGAUUACUCUUUAUCUCAACAUGGACUGGUUGCUCCAUCAUCACAACAACAGCAACAACAACAACAACAACUUAAUGCACCGGUCAAUAGAAAAACUCUUCCAUCUAUGUAUCUUGAAGAUUUAAUCGAUAAAGAAUAG